UCUGAGUCUUUGGGGCAUGUUCAGGGAAGGUUGAACAAGUGGUGAAUAUGGUGGAAGAUGUAGUCGAGGCUGUGGAGGAUGUCGCCGAGGUGGUGGAACAUGUCGCGGAUAAGGUGGGAGAUAAUCUUCCCGACAAUACGCCACUGAAGUGUGUGGCUUUGUGGGUUGAGAACGCUGCCAAAGAAGUGGGGGAUGAUGCUGAACAGGCCAAAGACUUCAUUGACAAGGUGGAGGACUUGACGGAAGAAGUAGAGAAAAAGGUGGACCAGCCCAUAGAUUCCUUCAGAGGUGAUGAAGGUGAGGCCGUCCAAAAGGAAACAAAUGCCAUUGGAUUGAAGGAAGAGGUGGGUCAGCCCCUCAUUGAACAAGAGGAGCUGAUCAUGAAAGAGGAAGCACCUGUUAAAGAAGAGCUGAUCAUGAAAGAGGAUGCACCUGUUAAAGAAGAGCUGUUAAUCAAAGAGGAAGCACCUGUUAAAGAAGAGCAGAUAAUCAAAGAGGAAGGACCUGUUAAAGAAGAAGCGAGCACACGUUAGACAGAUAAGGAAGCCAUGUGAGCCUGAUUGGAUUAAAGUUCUUCUUUGACUAGUCAAGCCAUCAGAGCUGGUGGUGAAAGAUGCUGGCUUAGCUACCCGAACCAGUUAAUGUUAUUUAUUUAUUUAUGUAUAUUCUUCUGGCAAUAGAUCUUAUGUGCGAUUGCACAUGUAAUGGUAUGGUUGGAGUAGAUUUAUCCGGUUAAAACUCAAAGGCUAG